CCCCCCCCCCCCCCCCCCCCGAGCCGUCUGCCUUUGCCGUUCGACGCCUCCGCCGGAGUCAGGGAGCUAGGGUUCGAGGGUCAUCGGAAGAGGAGCUGCGCCGUAGGAGCGCGAGGAGGCGAAGAUGAUCGAGGUGGUGCUGAACGACCGCCUGGGGAAGAAGGUGCGGGUCAAGUGCAACGAGGACGACACCAUCGGCGACCUCAAGAAGCUGGUGGCGGCGCAGACGGGGACGCGCCCCGAGAAGAUCCGCAUCCAGAAGUGGUACAACAUCUACAAGGACCACAUCACCCUCAAGGACUACGAGAUCCACGACGGCAUGGGCCUCGAGCUCUACUACAACUAGCCGCCCUGUCUGACUACACACGCAUGCCCCUGUUAUCAGGUUGAUCUGAAUUCUGAAGUCAUGGGUGCAAUUCCAGUCGUCUUAAGCUCACUCGUACUGGAGUAUAAGCUAUCUCAGUGAGUUAUGUCAGACAUGGUUGUGCCAAACUAUGAAUGACUAUUGACAGCGUCGCAUAUAUUGUUGUGUGAUCAACCUGCAAACCUGGUGUGCUGCUACUCGUAACUGGUGCUAUAAAUAAGAUUGUGCUUAACCUUGGUUGCAGUAAUCGCCAUCUUA